AUGUCUGAGCCCAUCAGGAAUAAGAAGGCUGAUUUCCCGGUCGCCCCGACCCCGCAAAACACGCCGGCCAACAAUGCCCCCAUCUCUUCCCACGCUCAGGAACCUGGCGUGUCCAGCAUUAAAGAAGAAAACUUGGAUAAUGCCGCGGCCGCAUCGCUGUUUGCUCGAAACCCUGCUCUGGUCUCGAUGAUUCAAGGCAAGCUGGGUCAACUCGUUGGUCGCUCGUCAGGCUACAUCGAAUCCCUUCCCGUGGUCGUCCGCCGCCGUGUUGCUGGCCUGAAGGGUAUCCAGAAGGAGCAUGCUAAGCUGGAGGCUCAGUUCCAGGAGGAGGUUUUGGAACUGGAAAAGAAGUACUUUGCCAAGUUCACCCCGCUGUACCAGCGCCGUGCCACGAUAGUCAAGGGAGGGUCAGAACCGACUGAUGGGGAAGUUGACGCCGGUAAGGAGGAAGAAGAGGAGGAAGAGAACAAGGAAGGCGAGGAAGAGUCGAAGAAGGAGGAGGGUGAGGCCAUGACCGGUAUCCCCGAGUUCUGGCUCUCUGCCAUGAAGAACCAGAUCUCCCUUGCCGAAAUGAUCACCGACCGCGACGAGGAAGCUCUCAAGCACCUUACCGACAUUCGCAUGGAGUACCUGGACCGACCCGGGUUCCGCCUCAUCUUCGAGUUCGCCGAGAACGAGUUCUUCACCAACAAAACCAUCUCGAAGACAUACUAUUACAAGGACGAGAAUGGCUACGGUGGUGAUUUCAUCUACGACCAUGCCGAGGGCUCCAAGAUUGACUGGAAGGCGGACAAGGACUUGACGCUUCGCCUUGAGAGCAAGAAGCAGAGGAACAAAAACACCAAGCAGACGCGUGUUGUCAAGAUCAGCGUGCCUACCGAGUCCUUCUUCAACUUCUUCGCUCCCCCGCAGCCGCCGGUGGAUGAUGAUGAGUCGGUUGCCAGCGACAUCGAGGAGCGUCUCGAGUUGGAUUACCAGCUUGGUGAAGACAUCAAGGAGAAACUCAUUCCUCGCGCGAUUGAUUGGUUCACUGGGGAGGCUCUCCAAUUCGAAGAAUUGGGUGACGACAUGGACCCGGACGAGUUCGAGGAUGAGGAGGACGAGGAUGAUGAGGAUGAAGAUGACGACGAGAGAGGCUCAGACCGUGAUGUGGAGGAUGAGUCAGACGAAGAGGAUGGCACUUCCAAGCCCAAGAAGGAGGCGGCCGAGUGCAAGCAAAACUAG